UAAAAACUCAGGUUGAAUGAUGUAUCACAGACAGAAAAGAAUAAAGUCUGACCCCCACCAUCGAAACCCACAACCCAGUUAUAAAGCACACCAUCAUUGCAAACCUGACCACAGCCAGCCACUAUGUUCUUGCUUUGGUCGCAGGAGCCGACCGCUUCAGUGCCAACAUCAGGGAUAUGACCGGCUACAACCCCCUGCCCGUCUUCAAGCUGUGCUGGAAAUACUUGACCCCGGCUGUGUGCACGGCCACCUUUGCGUUUUCCCUGGUGUGUUGGGCUCCACUGAGCCUCGGGAAGGGCCUGGUCGCUCCAGUCUGGGCCACCACGCUGGGCUGGCUCCUCACCCUCUCAUCCGUCUCCCUGCUUCCCUUCUGGGCCAUUUAUGCCCUGGUCACCACCCCAGGAAGCCUCACACAGCGCUUCCAGCAUCUAUGCAGCCCUGCCAAACUCUCGUCCUCCCACCACCUCCCCACCAACUACCGUGCGCUGCCCUACAGCCCCGCACUGCCACUCACUGAGAAGCCCAAGCAGCCAGUUGCAGACGUCGUCCACAAUCCUGUGACCUGAUGACAGUUAACAAGGAUGUAACGCCGGGUGCUGCUCUGCCAGGUCUCGUCUGAAGUGACUCUGUGAGUCGAACUGGUUUCAUUUACUGGGUUUUGUUUGGACUUUUUCUCUAGAUGGUGCUUCGCCUCAUAUGGUGGAUUUCCAAUGUUUCAUACUACACAAGAUCUCCAUUAAACAAAUGCAACUUUUUACUGCCAAUAUAUCAAAGGAUCUACCUUCAGGUUUCUCGACAACUUCUCCCUCUGAUCGUCGAGAACUGAACGGACAGUUACUAGUCAUGGACACAUCAGCUACACUUACCGUAUCUCUUUUCAUUCUGUUGCGUUUUUUUCCAAUUGAAGGUUUCAAGUCCUGUUGGUGCAAAAGUGAAUCUGUGUGCAUCUUUGCACUCCACCAAAAAAAACAAGCUGCUGUCAUAAUCAGUAUUUAUGAAUACAAAAUUACAAACUGCUGCUGAUCUGCUCUUGCACUUAAAAUUGAUUUUUUUUACAAGAAAAGGUUUAUUUAAGCUCCAAAAUAACUCCUAGCACUCCAGUGAGGAUUCUUACUAGAGCGUGACCAACAAUGUCCUCUCUGCUGCGUAGUGAUGUUUAAGUUGAAGAUGAAUAAGUUCCUUGUGCAAACUGCUGUUUUUUUCAGACGUGGAUAAAAUGUUUUCAAAUGUUCCUUUGAGAUUAAUUUACAGAAAAGCAAAGUGAUAAAUCCCAUCUGGUGUCUUUUUUUAUACGCUUUCAUUUUUACAGGUGCUUACAUACGUGUCUCUUCAUUGUAGGGCGAACUUCUUUUGUAUAUGAAUCAUUUAAUUUUUCUUAAUGAAUAUAUAUUUACAUUGUGGAUUAAAGAGGUUGUGUGGACUUUA